AUGAAAGUUGAAGGUGGAUCUGAUGUUAGAAUUUGGUUUGUCCAAAAGGAAGGGAGAGAAUGGUUGACAAGGAUGGUAUUCUUAUGUUUUGUCUUCUUCCAAUUGCUUACCUUUCUUGUUCGUCUCUUCUUCCCUCUCACUCACCAUUUCAGAAAUGUUGGCGAUGGUGAUGGUGAUGGUCCAAUCCUCUUUAUUGGCGAUAUACUUCAUUCCUUGGACCAUAAGAUGGAACUUUUGCCCUACGAUUGCUUUGCGCACAUUUUGUCGUUCACAUCCCCUCAGGACGCGUGCAGGUCCUCUCUGGUCUCCUCCAUUGUGCAGUCAAUGGCAGAUUCAGAUACUGUGUGGGAGAAAUUUUUGCCAUUCAAUUAUCAAGAAAUUGUUUCUAGGUUGGUGUCCCCUUCAUUGCCCUGUUCUUCAAACAAAGAAUUGUUUCUCUUGUUAUGCAAUCCACGACCAAUCGACGACGGUAACAAGAUGCUGUGGAUUGAGAAAAGAAGUGGGAAAAUAUGUUACCUGUUGAGCGCAAGGGAGCUUUCAAUUGCAUGGGGAGACAGCCCUCUGUAUUGGUCCUGGAAACCCAUCCAAGGCUCAAGAUUUGAGGAAGCCGCGGAGCUCAGAACCAUUUGCUGGCUGGAAAUAAAGGGCAGCAUAAACAGCGGAAUGUUAUCUCCCAAAACCUUGUACGGAGCGUACUUGAAAGUGAAAACCGCGGAUCGUGCUUACGGGUUAGACUUGUUACCGUCGGAGGUGUCGGUAGAAAUUGGGAAGCACAAAUCACAAGGAACUGUUUGCAUACAUUUACGUCGCAAAAGAAACAUGAAUGGCUAUUUUCAUCGUCGGGUUGAGGAUGACGAAUGGUGGGAUAUUGAGUUGGGUAAUUUCCACACCCAUUCGAAUGAAGAGGUCAGAAUGAGCCUCAGGGAGGUCAAAGGUGUGCAUUUAAAAGGUGGCCUCAUACUUGAUGGAAUUGAAAUAAGGCCCAAACAGUUGGAAAAGGCCUCCACUUAUGGGCCCUAA